GCUGGGCCAUUGCACCAUACUCUACCCCUGGACUGUUCGAUCGUGUAUGUUCGCGACGCGAAAGAAAAAACAUUGUUUUGGAGUCGUGUACGGUGAGAGUCAUUACGUGGAUCCGCCGCAAGAAUGACGUCCCGCCUUGAGAAAGAACGUGCCAAACAAAUCCAAGACAAAUGUCAAAACCUCUUAAAUCAAAUGUUAAGAGACGAAGACAACAAGUACUGUGUUGACUGCGAUGCGAAAGGGCCAAGAUGGGCUAGUUGGAAUUUAGGUAUAUUCUUAUGUAUUCGUUGUGCUGGGAUACAUAGAAAUCUUGGUGUUCAUAUAAGCAAAGUUAAAUCUGUUAAUUUGGAUACAUGGACACCAGAGCAAGUUGUGAGUCUACAACAAAUGGGAAAUUCUCGAGCGCGUGCAGUAUAUGAAGCUAAUCUUCCAGAUAGUUUCCGAAGACCUCAAACUGAUUGUAGUUUAGAAAGUUUUAUACGCGCGAAAUAUGAACAUAAAAAAUACAUUGCAAGAGAAUGGGUACCACCUGCUUUGCCAAAGGUAAAUUGGGAUAAGGAACUUGAGGAAGAAGCCGAAAAACAACGUAGACGAAAAAAAGAAGUAUCAAAAUCUAGCACCAAUCAGGCUGUACUUCCACCUGUAAAAAAACCUGAAGUAGUGCCACAACUGCCAAAACCAUUAAGUUCUGUCAGUCCUAAGUUAGGAAGAACAAGUAACGCUGCAACAUUAGAUUUGUUAGGUCUUGAUGCUCCAACUACCAAUCAACCAAGUGCAAAUGGAUCUGGAGAUGAUAUCUUUUCUUCAUUUUUAUCUGCACCACCAACAUCAGCACCCACAACUGAUGGUAAUACUACAAAUGAAGCAACAACAAGUAAAAGUGAAGAAGAAAACUUCUUUGAUCAGCCAGUUCCAUUAUCUCAAGAAAAAAGUAAAAUGACUAAAGACAGUAUUUUAGCUUUGUAUGGUACACCAAGUCCUCAACAACAACAAAUUUUUAGAGUUUCUGGUAGUAUGUUCAAUCAACAAUCUUUACAAUAUAAGCAACAAGUUCCCGGUGUAGUUGCCUAUGGUCAACAAAGCAGUUUUCAAAAUCCACAAAGUUCCUUCAAUCAAUUAAACCACAUGCCAACUCAAAUGACUGUUACAAGUCAAGUACCAAUCAAUCAAAAUCAAAUUACUCAAAAUCCUACUUCUAUAGGAGGAGUAGUAACUAAUCCUUUAGGAAGUUGUUUACAUAUGAGUCAAAUGAAUCAAAUAAAUGGUGUACCAAAUACUGGUGUUGCAAUGCAAUCUCAAAUGAUGAUGCAAUUAGGACAAACUAAUAAUGGAUGGAGUGGUGGAAUGUUGACACAAAAUAUUCAACCAGCACCUGGAAGUAACCCAUUUUUUAAUUUAGCAAAUCAACAACAGCAAUCUACUACAGCUUUUGUUACUCAGUUGCCGCAACAAAUGUCACAGAUGUCUUUAAGUGGAAUGAAUUUCUCAACUACUGCAGGAAAAUCAAAUAAUACUGCAUUACCUGGACAAACUCUUUCUACUAACUUAUGGCAGUAAAAAUUAUGGUGGCUAUGAUUAGUUGAUUGACUAUUUCAUUCAGUGUUAUAUAUUAGUGUCAACUAUUUAUUACUCAGCAAAUUAUAUUUCCAUACUAGAGAUGGGAAAUUUUGUUGGGAAAUAAUUGAAUGAAGGCACGAACAAGAAACACUAUUCGAGUAUUAAAUAAUGUGAAAAACAAUCCCUGUAUGAAAGAAGUACUGCGAAUCACUAUAUUUUUCUUCAGGAGCAUUAUCAACUUCUAGCAUUGUUGAAAGUACAGGAGAUAAAAAUAAAGGUGAACGUUAGACUGAUUGUGAAAAGUUAUUCAUACUGUUUAAAACACAUGUAUGUAACUAAGCAAUUACAUUGUAAAAUUGAGAAUUUUAAUAA